UUGUGCUUCAAGAUUUUUACGCAAUUCGCUACUAACUAAUUAAUUAUUGAUAAUAGGCCAUACUUUACAUGGAAAAUAUUACAAGUGCAUUUGUAUACAAAUUGAAUAAAUGACCUUGUUGUUGUUUGAAAGAAAAGUCAAGAAAUUGCGGAAUUUUUUCGUAUAGUGAAAAAUAUUUUGUUUAAAAUUGCAUUCGUGAAUACAUAUGUACAUACAUAUGUACAUAUGCAUGUAUGCUUGUAACCAGGCUGACAUUGCGUGUUGUUGCUGUUAAAUAGUAUUGAAAACCGAAGCGCAUUGGAACAAUAACACAAAUUGUAGAUUGUAGAUUGCAGUGCAUACAUACAUACAGAGUGAAGUACACAUAGCGUAAACAACCGACAGACGGCAAUUAAAUAUUAGUGCUAAGUACAAACAUAUGUACAUAUUUUAUUAAUUGCACUUAACAGAGGAACCACAACAGAGAUCAACAGCACAAACAAACGAACAGCCUAAUCAUGCGUCUCAUAAGAAUCUUGCCGUUAGUUUUACUCAUUUCAAGGACGCCAACACGCGCCACAUUUGCCACAAGCAUCGUUAAGCGUUCAUACGUAGCAAGUAGCAACAAUUUUCCAGCAGGCAACUGUAACAGUAAUUUCACCGGCAAAAAAAUGCCCGAGAAGCGUAUAGCACCAGAGAUUUCCACAUUGGAAGAAUUUGAACGCAAACUGCCUGGUUAUUUAAAUGCAAAAACCCCACUCGCGUUACUGCUGGACUACGAUGGCACACUGGCAGCUAUUGCUGAUAAUCCCGACAAAACUUUCAUGACAGUCGAAAUAGAAAAAAUGCUCAAUAAACUAGCCGUGCACCCGCAAGUAUUUUUGGCCAUCAUCUCCGGACGUGGGCUACGCAAUGUGCAAUCGCGUAUCGGCAUCAAAGGCAUCACUUAUGCAGGCAAUCAUGGCUUGGAAAUUGAAACUGGCGAUGGCACGCGUUACGACUACGAGCUGGCACCCGAGGUACAAAAACAUUACACCACUAUGGUGAGGGAACUCUCCGAUACGGUGCAAAAGAAUGGCGCUUGGGUGGAGGACAAGAGAUUAUCGCUGACCUAUCACUACCGCGAUGUGCCUGCGAAUUUGGCUGAACAGCAAAGAAAGAUCGCUACGCGCAUAAUUGAGUCACAUGGCUUCCGUGCGAGUCCAGCGCACGCAGCGGUCGAAGCAAAGCCGCCAGUGAACUGGAACAAAGGCGAAGCAGCGUUGCUGAUAUUGAAGAACAAAUUCGGCAGCAAUUGGGCUGAAGAGAUUAAAGUGAUAUUUGCCGGCGAUGACAACACCGAUGAGGAUGCCAUGCGGGCGCUGCAAGGCUCUGGUAAAUCAUUCCGCAUCUCCGCCGAGCCUGCAAUUCAAACCUACGCUGAUUUCCGUUUACCGCGCCAAGAUCUCGUAGAGCAAUUGCUGAAAUGGAUAAGCAAGACCUACUCCAAUUAAUUACAGUGCUAUUUGUUGAUUCCAGACAAUUUUAGUUCUUUAGGGAAAUUAUAAAUCUUAGUAUUCAUACAUACAAAUUAUAUUUAUGUAUAUGCGCUUUUUGAAGUAAUGUGAAGCAAUGUGCAACUAUCGAUAUUUUGCUGCAUUAAGUUCUAUUAAAAUACAUACAUAUGUAUGUAAUCGUUAAGUAUAUAGCAGUGGUAAACAAUUGAAUUUAUACAACAAAUCCAGAACUAGCACAUACAUACAUGCCACUUUGAAAGCCACUUAGUAAGUACAUUAAAGAAUUGUAAAUAUACGCACACACAGAUAAUUUAAUUUGAUGAAAUAGGAAAGACAUUAUUUGAAUCUAUUGA